CCUCUGCUUUGCUCUUAAACGGAAAAGCAUUGCUGAAGGCGCUCCGUCGCUGUGCUGUACCAUGAAAACUGAUCCUUGUAGCUGAAUUAUAAUACCUCUAGACUCGGCUCCUACGUCCUCCAGUCUCCAAUUAUAUUCGUACCCAUUCCAAUUCAAGGCUCCCUUGCCCAGCAUGGUUGUCCUUUCCAUAGCAGCACGCCGUUGCCUCCAACGCAACUCAUUUGCAACGACCCGACGCUUCCUCAUGACACUACCCUCAUUUUCUCUCGAAGGCAAGACGUGUGUCGUAACUGGAGCCGCCCGAGGCUUAGGGAAAGAGUUUCUCACCGCAUUUGCACUCAGCGGCGCGCGUGGGGCAUGUAUAGAUCUCUCCCUCGAAGCAGGCGAUAAAGCAAUCCAGCACAUCAGCCAACGCGCCUUCUCCCAGUCGUCAACGGCCUCCUACAAGCCUGACCUUCGCGCAUAUGCCUGCGAUGUCACAUCUGAAGCACAUGUUAAAGAUACAUGGGAAGCCAUUGUGAAGGACUUUGGCCAAGUAGAUGUAAUGGUCACGGCGGCCGGAAUUGUGGAUAAUGUGGAAGGUGAGAAUUAUGCCUUGAAUAGGUGGCAGAAGAUGUUUGAUAUCAAUGUUCAUGGCAGCUUCCUGUUCGCGAGAGAAGCUGGGAGAUACUGGAUUGAACAGAAGAAGAAGGGAAAUCUGAUAUUGGUUUCAAGUAUGAGUGCGCACAUAUGUGUUCGGCCACAGAAGCAAGCAGCGUAUAAUGCAUCCAAAGCUGCUGUCUCAUUGAUGGGCAAAAGCCUGGCUACAGAGGUAUGCAUGACCUACCACCAUGCUGCCUAGCUAUCAGCUCAACUGAAACAGUGGGCAACCAAUGGAAUUCGCGUCAACAGUCUCUGUCCUGGCUACAUGAAAACCGACCUCAUCAUUGAUCUUCUUGCCAGAGAAGGACCGCAUAUCGAAGAGAACUGGGUGAAAGAUAUUCCCAUGGGCCGCCUUGCGCAUCCGAGUGAAUUGCAAGGCACGAUUGUAUGGAUGGCAAGUGAUGCAAGCUCUUACCUUACUGGGAGUGAAAUCGU